AUGGACAUUCAGCUGCUGAACGACGAUCACGAGAAGGCGAUCCUGCGUGAUCUGUGCAAAUCGGGUGGAUCGGAAAGUACACCGUUGACCACAUUUAGCUACAUCAGUGAGUACAUCUGCUCAAACAACAUCGACAUUUGGCCGGGAGAGAUAGCAAGCUCGUCCGAGGCGAGUGCUAAGCAGGAGUUGGACCACGGAGAACAGCGUUUACCCAUUUCCGGAUGCAUUCAUCAGCAAGUAUACCUGCGAUGCAAACGUGUGCUGGAGUCGAUCAUUGUAAGGAACGAACAGAUUUUAGCCAUGCUGCGUCAAAAAUCCUGUCAGAAGGAUAGUAUCAAGUAG